UUCUUGAAGUGGUAAUAAAAUUAAUAGAUAAAAUGAAGCACCUCAUAAUUUUUGUGGUUAUCAUUGCUCUUGCUUGCUCAACAAUGCAAGAUAAAUUAAGUGGAGACCUUUCCAAGCAUAGAGCUUAUAAGGAAUCCCCACUAGAGUUGGCUAUGAAGGGUAAACUCACUCCAGAGAUCAAAGAGAAUUUGUCAACUUUUCUCCAACUUGCAAAGACUUACGUUCCAGCUCUCCAAGAGAUCAAAGAUGCUAAAGCAACUUUAAGCAGAACCAUAGAUUGGGAGUUCAACAUUCUCGGGUUUGGAUUUGCCUUUGAACUGUACAUUGAGCUUAUCGUUGGUUGGAGAGUAGCAAUGACUGACGAUCUUGCUCAUAACUUGUGGAACCUUACUUACGACCCAUUUGUGACUGGGUAUUUGAACACAAGCGUACAUGGAGAUAUCCCAUUUGCUAGAGGUACUUACUACACUGAACUGCAGUAUGCUGAUGCUCAUUCUCCAAUCUCUGUUGAUAUCUAUGACACAAAUGUGUGUUUUGGAAUUGAUUACCAUAUUUUCCCAAUAGAUAUGGCUACAAGGAUGAAUAUAUCACUUCAAGAAUGUUCCGAUGAGAUCCUAAAUGAAUUGCUCAACAAUGGAAGGAUCGGUCUCACCUGUAACCGUCUUCCAACUCUAGACUUUGACCACCUCCAAUUCAGAUUCACAGAAUACCAAGGGGGAAAUAUUGGUCAAGAUAUCUGUUUCGACCAUCCAUUCUAAUUUUGGUUAAAAAUUGCAUUCUACACUCAAAA